UUACAGCACAAAAUUAUAAUAUAGAACAAAGGUCAAAGAAACGUCGAAGUAACCCUUACAAUUCAAGGUAAUAUUCACCAAAAGCUGUGGCAAACUUUGUCAAGUUCUUUUUAUUUAAAAUCUCCGCCAAAUAGUUAUCAAGUAUUCGAUUCGCGUUAUCAUUAUCGGUCUAAGCAAAGAAACUGACCUCCAGCAGAUCAUUGCCCAAUUAGUUUGAUACAAACGUAGUCGUACCAUGGAUCGCUGGAGGAAUCGUGUUGCCGUCGUCACUGGGGCCAGCUCUGGAAUCGGAGCAGCCUGCUGUCGGGAUCUGGUGGCCAAGGGAAUGGUCGUCGUGGGAUUGGCCAGAAGGGAAGAACGCCUCAAAGAGCUUAAAUCUUCACUGCCCGCAGACCAGGCAGCCAAUUUUUACGGCCGUCGCUGCGAUGUUAGCGAUGAGCAACAGGUUAAAGAGGCCUUCGCAUGGGUCGAUCAAGAUCUUGGAGGCGCCGAUGUGCUGGUCAAUAACGCUGGCAUAAUACGACCCAUUAGAGUUAUGGAUGAGGACAACUCGGAAGCUUUAAAGGCUAUCCUAGACACCAAUGUGCUGGGUGUAACUUGGUGCACCAGGCAGAUGUUCCGAUCUCUGCUGCGCCGCAAGGUUAACGAUGGUCACGUGGUUAUCAUCAACAGUAUUGUUGGCCACAAAGUGCCCAUGAUGGAAGGCUUGAACAUGUAUGCUCCCUCCAAGCACGCGAUCACCGCCUUAACCGAAGUCCUGCGCCAGGAGUUCAUAAAGAGCGGUACCCAGACUAAGAUCACAAGUAUCAGCCCCGGCGUUGUGAACACCGAAAUCUUCGGUUCGAGCUCCAUCGAGUUGAGCAGUGCGAUGCCCAUGCUUCGAUCCGAGGAUAUCGCCGACGCAGUGUCUUAUUGUAUCCAGACGCCCCCGAAUGUUCAGAUACAUGAGCUUACUAUCAAGCCAGUUGGAGAGCGCUUCUAGAAUAGCCGCUUUUUCUUGAUAAGGAAACCAACUCAUACAAAUGAAUAUGCAUCAAAAUUUACUGCUCACAAAAUAAAUAACCAAAGUUGCAGCUAACAAUCUUUAAAUAAAUAUGCAAAGGAAAUAAACAGAGUAUCAAAAUGAA